AUGUUAAAUACAAAUUCAAAUAAUUGUUUGUGUUUAGCAUGGUUUCAUUACUUUUUUUUGGUUUAUGUGUUUUCAAUAGUUAUAGGAAUUCAAGCGAUAGAUUUAAAUGAUGAGAAACAAAUUUUAUUAAAAGAACUUGGGAAUCCUCUAAGAAUGAAAGCAUUCGGAGAAAUUAGAUUGCCUAGUCUAAGAAAUAUUAAUUAUAAUAGGGAAACAAAAAAUAACUAUUCUGUUGAAAUAAGCAAUUUAGAUAAUAAUAUAUUUCAAAUAUCCUACUACUUGAAGAUACAUAAUAAAGAUGCAAAAAUCUCAUCAUGUGGUUUCAAAUACAGAUUUAAUAAUACAGUUUUCCCAAUACUUGUUAAAAGGGGAGAGUUAUUAGGAACUUUAGUUUGUGAAGACAAACUAAUUUCAGGUAAAUUAUCUCAAGAGCUACCAAUACUAUCAUAUUGCUAUGGACAGGUCCAGCUUGUCUAUCCAUUUCUACCACUUCCAAUUAUUUUUUUGAGAGAAGAAGAUAUUUUUUUGGCUCAAUUAUGUGCGAGAAAGUUUCCAGAUUUUAAUGGAAUCCCAUAUAAGUUUCCAAUAAUUCCAUUAAAUCAAAGCAUGUCAUUUAAUAACACAUUAUUUGAAGUAAAUCACUUAAGGUUAGAGAAUAAACACUCAAAGAUGAUAUAUAGAGUAAAAAAGCAAUCUAAAAUAAUUGAAUGUGUUUUGAAUCGAUUAUUUCAUGGAAAAAGUUUUCAAGUAGUGGAAUUUUCUAUUAUUGGUGUUAUAGUUUGCAAAAUGAAGAGUAAAGACCAGAAGAUACAAAUAGUUAGAGAAGUUAUUAGAGCACUUUGCAAUGGUAUUUCAAGUUUCCAAUCCAGUAAUCCUGACUCUAUUUAUGGUUCCUUCAAAGUGAGUCAAAAAACACCAUUUAAUUUAAUAGAAUGUCUUUCAAUUCCUGAGAAUCAAUUAGAAAAGAGAUUGGCAAAUCCAGAUCAAGCUAUUAAGGAUACUUUGAUUGAAGCAUAUGAAGAUUGUUAA